AUGGGCUACUACGGAGGCCAAGGCCCCAUGGUCAAUGGCGUCCUCUGGAUGCUGGUCGUCGUCUUUGCCCUCUUCGUCGGCCUCAGACUCUACACCCGCCACCAAAUCCUGAAUGCGGUCGGCAUUGACGACUGGCUAUGCGUUGUAGCACUGGCCCUCCACAUCCUCUACACCAUCUUCGUGACGAUAGCGAGCGUCUUCGGCCUGGGCCGACUCUCUGGCGACGUCGGCAACCUGGACAUCUACUUUGAGGCCGUCAAGUAUGAAAUCUUCAGCCAAUUUGCAGGGAUCAUGGUCAUUGGGAUUGGCAAGUGUGCCGUCGGCAUGUUCCUCCUCCGAAUCAUCCGCAACAAGAUCCAGAUCGCCUUUAUCCGCAUUUGCCUCGUCAUCACGGUCAUCAUCACGCUCUUCGCUAGCAUUGUUGUUAUAGUCCAGUGCUCCCCGGUCAAGAGGAGCUGGGACCGCAGGGUUGAGGGAACGUGCUGGAUUAAUUUCUCGAAUAUUGGGUAUACUGUUGGAUCUUGGUUCGUCGCCAUGGACUUUGCGUUUGCCAUUCUUCCGUGGUUCGUGGUAUGGGACCUCAACAUGAAGCACAAGGAGAAGAUCACUGUCGCUUGUGGAUUGAGUCUCGGAAUCAUCGCCGGAAUCUGCGGCAUCAUUCGCACAGAAGCGCUGUCAGGCCUCAACGCCAACGAGUACAUCUACGACACAGUCCCCAUGCUCAUCUGGUCCGCCGCCGAAAGCUGCGCAACAAUAAUGUGCUCGUCGAUCCCCGUCCUGCGCCCACUCUACACCCGCCUCCGCUACGGCAGCAAAGGCAGCUCAGCUGGGACGGGCGACUCCUCGUACCAGCUCCCGAUGUAUGCACGGAACCGACACUAUGGUGGAUUCUCGUCGAACAAAUCUGGCUUCAAGACCUCGGAGCUAGAUGGGACGACGACGGUGGAUCUUGGCAUUGAUACGUAUCACCAGAAGACGGUUAUCAGCCACAGUCAUCCGACAAGUGGGAGUAACGGGAGCAAUGAGGAUAUCUUGCGCGGGGCGGCGGGGAUCGAGAGGACGGAUGAGGUCGAGGUUACGUAUGAGCGGUUCGAGCGGAAGAUGGAGUAG